GGAGCGAGCCAACAGGCGAGGCGGCCCAGCGGCGGCAUGGCGGCGGGCGAGGGGGAUGCGUACCGGGCCUUCGCGGCCUUGCACGGGCCGGCGCUCAGCGCCUCCGCGGUGCCCCCGCGCUACUGGCCCAGCCUGUGCCGCAAGCUGGAGAACGAGGUAUUCGAUGCCGGUGAAUAUUUUGGGAUAAUGCAGGUGGAGGAAGCAGAUGAAGAAGAAAGAGGUAACGAAGAAACAGAGGAGGAACUGAAAAAGAAAUCCAAUCCUGGCAGCAAACUUUGCUACAAAGUGAUAGUCACGAAUGAAAAUGGCCUUCACGUGUCAAGUUGUGAUAGCAUUUUUCUUAUUGAUCAUGCCUGGACAUACCGUGUGGAACAUGCCCGCCAGCAGCUUAUGCAGGUCCCUGGCCUGCUUCACAGAAUGGCCAACUUGAUGGGAAUAGACUUCCACGGAGAAGUUCCAGAUGAGGCAGUGGUCAAUCAAGUGUUAGAAGAAAUGUGGAGAUACAACCAGACUUAUCAGCUGUCAUGUGGGACAGCUGAGGAGAAGGUCCCAGUUUGGUACAUUAUGGAUGAAUUUGGAUCCCGUAUUCAGCAUUCAGAUGAGCCCACUUUUGCAACAGCACCUUUGUUUUACAUGCCACAACAAAUUGCUUAUACUGUUCUCUGGCCCUUAAGAGACCUUGAGAAUGGUGAGGAAGUCACCCGGGAUUUUGCCUACGGGGAAACAGAUUGUUUACUUAGAAAAUGUCGGCUGUUGCCAUGGCAGUCCAGUGAGGUGCUCAAUAUCAACUGUUUCGUCACUGAACCCCCAGAUGAUCACUAUCAGGCUAUAUUAACUGAAAACAGAGAAAAACUGCCUACUUCAAUAAAGCCUCCCAUUUAUGAGAAGAAUAAAAUCUUCAAAGUUUACACCGAUCUCCAGCAGGUGCAUCAGAACCUGACUCACCCCUGUUUUGAGUUUACGGACUUGGAGCAAGAAGCUGAUAUUCUCUACAACUUCUCCCACUUCAAAGAUUACAGAAAACUAAGUGAAGAAAAACCUCAUGUGAUGGUGAAUCAGUUUCCAUGUGAAAAUCUCUUGACUGUGAAGGACUGCCUGGCCUCAAUUUCGAGGAGAGUUGGAGGUUCAGAGGGACCAAAAUGGCUGCCUCAUACUUUCAAUCUUUGUACAGAAUUGCCACAGUUCAUCCGUUUCUUUCAACAGCGUGAGAGCAGAGGAGAAGACAACCACUGGAUUUGCAAACCAUGGAAUCUGGCCAGAAGUCUGGACACUCACAUCACCAAGAGCCUUAACAACAUCAUCAGACAGAGAGAGAGCAUCCCUAAGGUGGUGUCUAAAUAUAUUGAAAAUUCGGUCUUGUUUCAUCUUGAAGAUGUGGGACUGGUUAAAUUUGACAUUCGGUAUAUCGUGUUGCUGAGAUCAGUUAAGCCACUCAAACUGUAUGUUUAUGAUGUGUUUUGGCUCCGGUUCUCAAAUAGGCCAUUUUCGCUUGAUGAUUUAGAUGAUUAUGAGAAGCAUUUUACUGUUAUGAAUUAUGCUCCUGGGGUAUCUUUAAAACAAAUCCACUAUAAUGAAUUUAUUCCACUUUUUGAGAAGCAGUACCCUGAAUACUCAUGGAAAACUGUUGAAAAAGACAUCUUUAAGGCAUUUGUUGAGUUGUUCCGAGCAGCUUGUGCCAAGCCGGCACCGCUUGGCAUCUGUGAUUAUCCAUCUUCACGAGCUCUGUAUGCCAUCGACCUGAUGCUGAAGUGGGAAUCACCUGGUGAUGGGAAACAAUAUAUGCAACCCCAGAUUCUAGAAGUGAAUUUCAACCCCGAUUGUGACAGAGCAUGCAAAUACCAUCCAUCGUUCUUCAACGAUGUCUUCUCUACUCUCUUUUUGGAUGAGCCCAACAACUGCCAUGUGACCUCUAUUGUUUAGGUCCACAUAGCUUAACAUGGCUAAUGUGUGUUUCAGAAUGGUAUAUUUCAGUUCUCUGAGCUGCUUAUGCAAAUAUUUUUCCUAAAGUGUCUGUCAAAACAAAAUGUCCCAUCGGUCAUGUAGAAUACAUGCAUAAUUUAGUCUCAAGAAGUAGUUUGCUUUUGCAAAAACCCGCAUCAGUCUGCUUGAUUUGUCCUAGCUUGCUUUAACAAAGUAAAGUAUGCUUUUAAUGUACAUUGAAGAUCACUGAAGUUUAGUAGCAAAUCAGUUUCAUCUUUGGCUGUAAUUAGCAUGUUUUUGAUUUGUUUCUGUGGGAGUAUAUCUGUACAGCAUUUUUCAGCUUGCUUUACUUUCUGAAUAUACUGCAUUUGAAGUAAUUGAAGCCAUUAUUUUACCCAGCAGAAUUGUGUUCCCACCUACUUCCUUUAAAAUGCUUUGCUUGAAAAUAAUACAAAACAAAUCAUUUCAAAGGUUCAGCUGCCUCAUGUGACCAUUGAUAUUUCAAUUUUAUUUGUAAUAAACAGUAUCAGCAAAGUA